GAGUGACAUCCAGAGGGCCCCGCCUUCUCCCGCUGGCUGUGGCCGGGGAAGGCUUGAGGGAAUCAGGAUGCAGUCAGCUCAAAGUGUCGGUCCGACUGCAAAACUCGGACUGAACGGUCCACCUCGGAGAUCAUGAUAGGAACCUCGGGCUUCAGGUGAACCGGGCCGACAUGGACUGAGCGGAGCGGGGAGCGAGUCCCGGUCCAGUCCAGGGCGGUGUCAUGGCGGCACGGUUUCUGGACCGCCUGAAGCGCUCUCUGUUCAAGUCUGGCCCGGGCGCCGACCCGGACCAGGAGGGCGGUGACCCGGAGGGCGAGAGGCGGGGCUUCAGCGAGGAGCGGUGGGAGGCGGAGCUGGAGGAGGAGGAGUGCGUGACGGAGCGUCUCCGGGGAACGCUGUGCUUCGACGACGGAGAGCUCGGCGGCGAGGACGACGGCGAGGCGAUAGACAGCGACUCGGACUUCCUGGGCGAGUCGCUGGAGGACGGACUGAGCAGCACAGAUGCCAGUCCUGUGGGCAUGUCCCCCGUCGGCCCCGCCCCUUCCGCCCUGCUGACCCGACAGAUCCAGGACGGUUGGCGGACCCUCCGCGGACUUGGCGGGUCGAGUCCCGGCCACGGCGUGAGGCGGCCGGCGGACGGGCUGCUGUUCGAGGUGACGGACGCCAGCGUGGUUCAGGACGGCGCCGCCAAGUAUGUGCUCUACGCCAUCCAUGUCAUCCAGUCCGGAGGCAGCGACAAGAUGCCCGCUGUCAUCACCCGCCGCUACUCCGACUUCCAGCGGCUCCAUGCCACUCUGAGGCGUAACUACGGCAACCAGAUGGAGCGCGUCUCGUUCCCCCGAAAGAAGCUGCGCAGGAACUUCACGGCGGAAACCAUCGCUAAGCGAAGCCGGGCGUUCGAGCAGUACCUCUCUCACCUGUGUUCGCUGCCCGACCUGCGGGGGGCGCCGAGCGUGCGGCAGUUCUUCUAUCUGAGCGACCUGCAGGCCGGCCAGCUGCUCAUCAGAGCCGAACGUUUCCAGGACGCUUUGGGUCCGCUACUCAACGCCAAGAGACUCCAACACAAGCUGGGCUGGACCAGUUACCAUGACGAUGAGACACAGGCCCCGCCCCCAGCCUCCUCCCACUGGUUCUUCACCCUGGUGGGGCUGGCUUGUUGUUUCCAGGAGGUGGAGCAGCUGGAGGAGGCUCUGGAGCACUGCGACCACGCCCUCCGCCUGCUCCUGCCCCCUGAGGUGCAGGACAAGCCCCUCCCACUGACUGAUAAGCCCCUCCCAUUGCAUAAUAAGCCCCUCCCCUUCCAGCUGGACGUGGCGCUCCAGUCGCUGGCGCUGCCACUGCUGCAGGUGGUGAUCCGUCUGUCGUGGCAAACAGGAAGAGACAAGCAGCAGUGGGAGGAGUAUCUGCAGCAGCUGGAGGGGGCGGGGCCAGACGAUCAUGUGACCAUCAGGGACUUCCUGGUGAAACACAAACUGCAGGAGAGCGAUGGCUGCACGCAUCAAGUAGAAAAAGCAAUAAAGUGAGAACAGUUUUUGGUUUUGGAUGGAAAUGAAAUGUAAUCUGAGCCGCCGCCCUGGUUUAGAUCCAACAUGGAGGACGGCUUGACUGCUGCUGACAGAAGCAACGCCGCAGUUUCUCCUUCUGGGAAACGACCUGAAACCUCCUCAGAGUUUCACUUCAGCUUUCAGCCAGACCACCUGACUCUGAUCUGACUGAAAACAGUUCAACGGCUGCUGGGCGGCGGCGCCCCCUGCAGGAUCCCCAUCAUUCAGGCAGAUACCUGGCUGCAGUUGCCACGGAGACCUGGAAUGAUGACUGGAUGUUGGACAGAAAUAGAUGUGAGGAUUGAUUUGCAUCAGCAGCUAACGUGACAAUCUGACGGCUGAUUGGUGAACAGAGGAUUAAAGAAGGGAGAAAGUUCACAGCGUCAUUCAUUCAUAUGAAUGAAUUUAAGUGUUUACUCCAUAAAUCAUAACACAGCAGUAUUAUGACUCCAUAAGGUGGAACCACAUCCAUAAAGCUCCAUAUUUCAGUGGCACAUUUUCAAUCAAAAACAUGUUAAAAUAUCAGAAAAAUAUUCAAAAGAGAUGUAACUAUAGUUACUGAAGCAAUUAUUUCUGACCGCAUGCAGUUCCACAUUGAGGUCAGCAGAGGGCGGAGUUUCAGCACUGAGACUUUAACCUGAACUUCCUGCUCUUUGGGACUUUGAAUGAAUUAAAGUGAAUUUUCCGUUAAUUUUAAUCAUUUUCAGUUUAUCGUUAUUUCAGGUCAAAUGGGGGACAAUUUUUCUACAUGUCAUUUCGAUUCGUUUAUUGAUAAUCUGAAAAACCACAAAGAAGGGAAAAUAAACAUAUUUAUUAUCAUUUGUUGUGUCCAGGUUUAUCACCGGUUUGCCUUUAAUAUUUAGUUACAGUCGUUUUUCUUCUAGUUUAUGUUUCAGGUGAUUUUCCUGCUGCAGCUGGUUUUGUCUCAGUUUAUGGUUUGUAUUGGCAGCAAAAAGCAUUUUUGGUCAAAAUGAAGUUUAAAAAUAAUUUUUCUUUUUGAGGCUGAAUAUAAAGUAACAACGAUAUAACGUAGUGAUGUAGUUAUUAGGUGGAGACAUUUUAUUCAGGCUCCACCCAGCUUGAGAUGGAAACUUCUGCUGGUUUCUAUAGCAACGCAACAACGUGUGCCACAGCCAGCCUCUAGGGGGCGGUAAGUACCUCCGGACAGCUAUAGAGAGUUUAUUUAGUUUCAGAAAAGUUUGUCUGGUUGGAUUUGGCUGAAAACAAACGGUGAACUUUUUUUUUCGCCUGAAACAUAAAAACUAGAGUUUGUCUUUUAAAGGAGGAACAAAGUUUCAUGUCUCUGUUUGUCAGGGAGCGGAAAGACAGACGCCCCUUCCUGUGGAGAAUAUUUAACGAGUUCUGAUUUAAAAAGAUGUAUCCAAAUAUGUUUUUAUGAAAUAAAACUUUUAAUUAUUGAA